AUGGAUGAAAAUUCAAUCCCUGUUAGCCUUAUAGAUGCCAUCAAAGCUAGAAAGCAAAUGGAAAGAGAUGCCCAGCUCCUCGCAAACCGCAUAAAGCUUCUCCAACAAGAAGAAGUCAAAACUUGGAAAAAAAUCGAAGAAACCCGUAAACGCACAAAAGAAAUCAUGACAAAGAAACGGCAUCAAGAGAAUGAGCAAAAACAAAAAUCAGGUCAUCUAUCAGAAAGAGAAAGAGCCAUGAGUGAAAAGCGCCAAACAAAUCACAUGAUAAGAGAAGAACGAAGAAAAGAAUUCGAGAACCUCAAAGAUUCCAUUCAAAUAGCUAAAAUUGAAGAAGCUAAAAAGACAAGGAUGGAGCGAAAUUUGAACGAUAGGAGAAAAAGAGAACACCUAGAAAGCAUAAGAGAAGAAAAUGAAAUGAGAAAAAAUGCAGUCAAAGCCAGCAAAGAAAAAGGAAAAGAAAAAAUUAACCAUUUAAAAGCUAAAAAGUACGAAGAAUUCAAGCAGGACUAUAAGAAACGUAUCGAAAUUGAAGACAUUGAAAAGCAAAACACAGAAAAAGAAGUGAUGAGCAUGGAAUUGUUAGAAAUGGAGCUCAUCAAGCGUCUGCAAAACACCCAGCAGAUCCAGCAACAAGUAACACAAGACCUCGAACAAGCUAUCUCCCAUCCAAGAAAAUCAUCAUAUGGUGCUAAAGCAACAUUUUAA